UCAUUCCUUACAAUUUCAGCCAUGGGAAAGAAAAAGUCCAAGAAUGGCUCCAAAGGACCGCAGCCUACUGCAGCUAUUGAGAAUAACUCGAUUGCAUCAGACCAAGCAUCAAUGCCACUACAACCGCAUGUUGUCAGCCAUAACGAUAGUGCAGAUACAAUGGGCGUAGCUGCCGCUCCUGCAGAAGCGGCAAAAAUCGAGCCGCUGCACUUUUCUUCGGAGCCGGAUAAUAGAGACACUUUCAUUCCCAUUGUACACACACCUACUCCCGUACUUUCUGAUGAUAAUCCACGGAUAAAUGAAGCACAGGGGCGAAAUAGAGAGGGUUCUACUGAAGAAAAUAGUCAAUAUAAGCCCAUCAAGCAACAGCAGCAGCAGCAGACUGAACGUGCUGCUCCAAGGCAGUACGAAGAUGAUGACGAAGAUUAUCAAGAUCACCGCAAUCCAGAACAAACGCCUCUUCUCCAUGAAGCCUCACGGGAUAGCAAUGACUACAGUAGUGAUGAAGAAAGCGAAGGUGACAGAGGAAGUCAAAUUCGAAGAAGAGGGCGAGGACAAGGAAGAGGAAGGAGUCCUCAACAGCACCAGCCAACUACAUGGAUAGAAUGGGCAGUACAAUAUGGGCUACAUCCUAGGACUUGGACUUGUCAGACGUUUAUCAAAGCUACUUUGCUGGUGACAUUAUUGACACUCGUCGUUUUAUCCUUUACAGUGUUUCGCAUCCAAGAUCAUAUCAAGGAUAUUCUAAAAUACAUCGAUCAUCAUAAGCAGAUUGGUGCUGUGCUUUUCAUACUAUCGUAUACAGCGGCAUGUACACUCUUCUUACCAGGGUCUCUCUUCACUGUCGGCGCUGGAUUCCUGUUCAAGCCUUUUCCUCUUGCAUUGUUCAUUAUAUUAAUGGGUGAUGUUUUUGCAACAGUUUGGUCAUUCAUUUUUGGACGCUAUGUCUUUUAUGACUGGGUUAAGGAUCUAAUGUCGAGGCACCCAAAGUUCAACGCACUGGAUGAGGUCAUCAAGGAUGAUGGUUGGAAAAUCGUAGUCAUGUUGCGGCUGACGCCGGUUCCUUUCAGUCUUAUCACGUACUUUUUCUCUAUUACCUCUAUUCGCCUAUGGACAGUGGUGUGGGCAACAUGCGUAGGCGUUCUUCCUGGCUCAUGUAUCGGAAUAUGGAUUGGGUCCUUACUGAAGGGACUUUCCGGAAUCGACAACCCAGAGUUGGAGACAAAGAACCUAGUGAUCUUAGUAAUGAAUGGCGUCUUCAUAGGUUGCUGCGUCCUGGCGCUUUCCAUCUUUGGCAAAAGGUCUCUUCGUAAAGCAAUGAAGCGAUUGGAACAACACCAGGCCUUGACAAAUUUACAAGAAGUUGAGAUUGUCAUUGAGGGAGUUGCUACUGUGAUCCGAGAAUUAGAGGAUAAUGCCAGUAUCCCACCAUCACUCAGGAGCACGAUGAUUGAGCAGCUGGCUGCAGAGGAGACGGACCCGAACUACUACUACCGUGGAGAUGACCUUGAAGCCACUCAGCGGCGUCAUUUGGGAGCGUUAUCACCGCCAGAGGACCGUGAAGGAAGUAGAAGCAAUAGCAGCACGACGGUUUCGAAUACUCUUGUGGGUCAUUCUGCUGGUACCGGCAAUACAACAACCAAAAUGCCGACCAAUGCGGCGUCAUCGUCUGGUUUUACACGCGGAGAAAAGAUUAUGUUCAUCCUGAUCGGUAUAGUUGCAGUUUUGAAUGUCUGUAUUUGCAUUCCUUUGUAUUAUCACUUCGCAGACUAAGAGUAAUAAAUUACAACGGAGACUAGUUUAAUCUAUGCAACAUUUCUUGAUGUCGCUCG